AUGACGACACCCUCGGGUUCAGCACCGCUUCCGCACCGGUCGGUCGUUAACAUCCGAUCACCAACCGGAGCCGGUCAUCACCAGAGCGGGCCAUCUACACCACUCCGGCCCAUCUCCGCCCUCCCAUCCACUUAUGGAUCGCCAUCCAGUCUUCGUGCUGAUGAAGAGAUCAUCAUCAUUGAAUUUGGUACCCGGAAACUGCAGGUUGGCUUUUCCGGGGAUUCGGUUCCCAGAGGAUGCGUUUGGUUUGCGCCCGACCAACAGCGUAGGGCUGGUGACUUUAGGGCCUGGCAGACGGACUACCACCAUGAAUGGAGAACAGAAGCCGCGGAUGGAUCGUGGGGAAAAAGCCACGAGUUGUGGCAGUAUGAUGUUCGGGAUGUUGAUCUCGGUCUGGUGGGGGACAAGAUCGAGCGGGCACUAAGAGAAGCGUUUACAAAAUAUCUACUCAUCGACUCACGCCCGCGGAGGUUGGUCUGGGUCAUUCCCUCCACGCUACCGAUUCCCUUGUUGUCAGCGGCUCUGGACAGCGUCUUCAGCCGCUUCAUGUCGCCUACCAUCUCACUACUCUCGUCUCAACUCGCCUUGACUGUUGGCGCCGGGGUACGCUCGGCACUUGUCGUUGAUCUUGGCUGGAACGAGACAACUGUCACGAGUGUCUGCGAGUACCGUGAAGUGGACUUAAGGCGGAGCAUCCGCGGUGGCAGGAUGCUUGUCGAGCAGACGCACAACCUGCUCGCCAAGAAUCUCCCCGAAACUGGGGCUGGUGAUGGCGAGGAGCGUGUCAUUAGUUUUGAAGAAUGUAGCGACAUCACCACUCGCAUGGUCUGGUGCAAACCUCGUCAGGCCCCCGUCCCCGCCCAACCGCCCUCCGACCAACGGUCCUCCGAUGCCUUAGCCACCGUUCAAGAGCAGGAUGAAGGCGACCCAGCGGAACACAUAACACCAAGGGAAUCCGGCUCAGUUACGAUACCUUUGAAGACCUGGAAAUCGCCAACCACGCUGGAGCUCCCCUUCGACGCCCUCGCGGAACCCUGCGAAAAUGCGUUCUUCGACUCCCAAUAUUCAUAUUGCUGCUUCGAUGACCAUGAACAGCCCCUGCAUUUAUUAGUCUACCGGAGCCUUCUUCAACUACCGUUGGAUGUACGAGCGCUUUGCGUGUCUCGCAUCAUCUUCACUGGCGGAUGUGCCAAUGUCCUCGGCCUCCGAGGCCGAAUCUUGGAUGAAGUAUCCCAUCUCGUUCAAGAGAGAGGGUGGGAUCCUGUUCAAGGCAAGGCCGUGGAAAAGCUGCGCACCAACCCCAAGUUGAAGAGGAGGGGGGCGAGUCAAGAGGGCAACGCUUCACCCGGCAACUCCCCACAGGCUCAUGGGGGCGAGGAAAAAGACGGCGUCUGGCACGACGCAGUCAACACCACACCCGAGGUAGACGCCAUCGAGGAGCAGUUGAAGAGAGGAACCGACAGGAUGCCACGAGUGCAGGGCGAGAUGAGGGCCAUUGAGUCGCUCGGUGCCUGGAGCGGGGCGAGCUUGAUCACCCAGCUCAAGGCGCCAGCGAUUGCCACCAUUGAUCGAGAGCUUUGGUUGCAGCACGGUGCUGCCGGGGCGAGCAGGGCUAGCGAAGUGGAUUACAAAACCCAAAGGCAAAGCUUAGGACCGGGUGGGUUAAUAAGAGGGUCUGCAGCUGGGUCGGCUUGGACUUUAGGCGUAUGGGGAACUAACUGA